AUGGCUGCACCUUCCAUCAAGCACACUCACCACCUCAACCGCACCAAACUGGUCACUAGACCAGUCGAAGAAUCCCCAAUGAAGCAUUCGUAUCCUAGACUCGUACGAAUACGUGUCACCGACGGUGAUGCCACGGACUCCUCCAGCGACGACGAAGAAGAAGCCUCCACGCGCCGCCGAGUGAAAAACUUUGUAAACGAGAUUACUUUUGACUCCUGCUCCGGCGACAACGAAGGCAUUAACGUUGUUUCUAGGAAAAGAAGCAGGGGUAGGACCGUGUCCAGAACUCCCGGCGGCGGCAAAAGAGGAGCUCCGGCGAGUCGGCGAGUGUGCUCCGGCAAGAAAUUCCGGGGAGUGAGACAGAGGCCUUGGGGGAAGUGGGCGGCGGAGAUAAGGGACCCUUCGCGGCGCGUGCGGUUGUGGUUGGGGACCUACGAUACUGCUGAAGAAGCUGCCAUUGUGUAUGACAACGCCGCCAUUCAGCUUCGUGGUGCCGACGCGCUCACCAAUUUCAUAAUGCCGCCGGCGGAGAACAUAGACAACGGCGAAGGUUCUCGAAACAACAGCUUGCUUUCUCCGACUUCGGUUCUUCAGUGUUGUUCGUUAUCGGAGGAAGUUGAGUCUGUAACCGCCAGAGACGAUGUUGUCGAUAUUCCUACGAGUGAAUCUCGCGAUGAAUGCGAAUAUUCAUGCGUGUCGGGGAAUUCCUCUGAUGAGUUCAAAUCCGAGUCAAUGUUUCCUAUUCCAAGCGAUAUGCUAUUUGAUUUCCAAAGCACGUUUCCCGCACCAGAAAGCAUUUUCUUCGCCGAUGAUUUUCCUGAAAUCUUCGUAACUUCUAGCGACAGUUUCGAUUUCAGUUUCACAAAUUGGCAUAUGGAUGAUGAUAAUUUCAAAGAUAUUGGGGAUUUGUUUGUUUCGGAUCCCCUUGUCGCUCUUUGA